AACAAGAUAGCACCACGACCACCAGAGUCAAUCGGAUCGGACCGAUCAAUAGCAUACCCGCAAAUCGAGGAAGGGAAAAAAGAAAGCCAUGACUACGAGAGGUAUUUGUUCAACCUACCUGAGAUUAUCUUCUAGUCGAACCACCGCUAGAAGAGCCCUUCUCCGAUCUUCUCCCCCAACCCUAACCUCUAGACUUCAUACCUCGCAAUGGAAGUUUCAGCAAACUGCGCCGGGCAACAAGGGUGUUUCUAAUGAAGAACCUGUAGCACCUCGAGUCAAGGACAGCCCAGUUAGCCCAGGAGCAACUAAGCCGAGCGGAGGUAUCUUUGGAAAGGUGGCGGAGAAGCUGCGUGAGAAGAUGCCAAAUACUACGGAGACGUAUGUUGCGCAUGGAGUUACACUGGAGUUAUAUAAUGAGUGCCUGAAGCAAGCCGCUUAUGCCGAGGGCCAAGAGUUUUCGGAGAGUGCGAGGUUCUGGUAUGAUGUUUGUGAUAGGCCUAAAACUUUCAUGUCAUGGGCGCAGGUUACAGUAUUGCAUAUGUGGAUGCUCAUUGUUAGGAUUCGGGCGCUCGAUCUGGAUAGGGUCAAGACAUGGCAGCAGCAUUUUGUUGACCAUUUCUUUUAUGAUGCUGAAGGGAAGAUGAUACACACUUAUAAGAUUACUAGUGGUGGACAAAGAAAGACAUAUCUUAAGGAUUUGUACUCCCAAUACAGAGGUAUGAUUGCUGGUUACGACGAAGGUCUUUGUAAAGGCGAUGCCGUUCUUGCCACAGCUAUUUGGAGGAACGUCUUCAAUGCAAGGCCCGACGUUGAUAUGGAAGUCUUGGCCAUGAUCACUAGCUACGUGCGCCGUGUCAUCCACGGCCUUGACAAAGUAAAUGACCAAGUUCUCAAUUCUGCGCGUGUCACUUUCGGACUCCCGAACGGGGAGGUAGAGAUGGUCAGGAUGGAGAGCAAAUUCAUUGGGACAUUUCCGGAGACAACUGUCGUUGAUGGUAAGGCUGCCUGA